AUGAAUCGCCCUCAAUUGACUACCCUAUACCAUUUUGACUUUUUGAAAGAGUACGUGGUAUGGGAAGUAGUAGAUUUCUCCGGCCACGACUUAGCAACGGUCGGUUCGGAGUACAUGACCCGAUCAAUUGAAGGGCCCCUUCUGGAUCUACAACACCGACUGUAG